AUGGCAGGUAUCGGAGGCGGCCUAGCUGGUCUGGCCGUCGCAAACUACCUCCUCGCCAAAGGCCUCAAAGUCACACUGUUCGAGAGCAAGAACGCUGCAGGGGGCGUUCAGAAUACCGACCAAACAGACCACCGGCCAGGUCUAGUAUGUAACUAUCGUGAGACCAACGUCCCGCAGAGUCUCAUGACCUUCUCCGACUUUCAGUGGCCGGAGGGGACCUCACUGUUUUCCAAAAAUAUCACGGUGAAGCAGUAUAUGCAACAGUACGCAAACCAACACAUGCGGGAAUGA